AUGAGCAUAGGCGUUUCACCGACGAAAACGUGCUACACGCGACCGACCAACCUUUUAUUUCCUGUAGUCGAUACCCGCUCACUACAAGUCCCGACCGUCGAGUCGUCUCCCGAAGAAGAGAUAGUGACUCGACGGUAUUUCGAAAGAAAAGCAGCGGCGGCGAAAAACGCGCGAGUAUCGAACGUCGAGGCGUGUACGACAUGCGCGGGAAACAGCGGCGGAAACCUCCGCUGCGCCACGUGCACGCUGCCCGGCGGGGUCGUCGGCCAGGUCCGAGGACCUCACCGGACCGUUCGAUCGGUAGUAGCGACGGGCGGUGUGUACAAAAGCUUUGCAACCAUAGUUUCCCCGGGUCAUGGAAGCGAACGCCGGCGGAUCGCCGGCCGGCAUCGUUUACGGUCGGAACUACGACGGUAUCUGAUCGUCUUCGAACCUCCGACUUCCGCUCUUGAUCGAGGAAAACGUGCUUGCCACACGCCAUCGCUGUUGUCCGUCUCUGGAAAUAGAAAAAGAAACCAAGCGGAAGACGAACGAACGGAUGAACGGUAUUUCAUUAUUAAUUUAUAUUUAUUUAUUUUUCUUGUUUUCAAUGCGUUUUGCUCGUUCAACGAACGUGUCGACGCGUUGGUCGUCCCCCGGGGAGGACGAAUCGAGUCGGUCGAGGGUCGAGUUCGAAAUAAGACGGCGGCGGCAAAAUCCCACCUGUCGCGGAUGUCAAAUCGGGUGAACCGUUCGCGGACGCCGCCGCGCUCCAGCGGAACGAAAAGAGACGCCUUUCGUAAUACCGUGACGGCACCGGUCGCGGUUCCGGGUUUUAGCCGUUAUCGAGCACGCGAACCGUUGCUCCGAUCCCGCGGUUCCUCUCGUACUGAACGGGAUAGCCGUGGCCGCGGACGUAACACUCGUGCCGAUCGGUAG